AUGGGCUCGCUUGAACAAAGCAAUGACGCCACGCUACGGUCGAUGACGACGAGUCUGCCCUUUUUUAACGCCACCGUAGGAACCGCAGCCGUGCGCUCAUACCACGAGGUCACCACCCAUGCUAUCCCCGUUGCUGGUGAUAGUCAUGCUCUCCUACAACGUUUUGCGCGUUUCAUCUUGGCCGUGACUGGCGGCACCGACGUCGCUUUCAUUGCAUAUGACGGCUGCGAGCAAAUAUUGCAACCUCUGGUUGUCUCACUGCGACCCAUUGAUGAGGGGGUUUCUGAUAUCACACUAUCCCUCCGUGGCAGCUACGGACCGCAAGCAGCAGCGCGACAUUUGCUACAACUUGCGACGUCAUACAUCAAUCCACAUCCCGGCCUCCACAAGACGGAAAUCAGCCAAAUUCAGGGUCCAUUGCCUCAACAAGCCCUGCAUGAUGAUCAUGGCUCUCCAGUCCUCUUGCAUAACAUAUUGGAAGAUGCCACACGCUCAUUUCCUCGCAACAUCGCCAUCGACGAGGUGACGGGCGGUCGUGCGGGCUCAUACACACGACGCGAGGUAACAUACGACGAACUCAAUGCCAAGGUGCGGUCGUUUGCAGAUGAGAUCCAAGUCGUGCUGCAAAGGCUCGACUGGCCAGCCUUCCAGGGUGUGCAGAAGAUGGUGCCCAUCUUUCUUCACAACUCCACCGAGCUCAACAUCUGCAUGAACGGCAUCUCCAAGGCCGGACAUGCCUUUUGCCCCCUACAAACAGACGCCUCAGAGGAGAGGCUCCGUGAUAUCCUGGUCGAUCUCCAAGCCCACGGUAUUUUGAGAAUCGGCAGCAAUCCAUGGGCUGACACUGAGUUCGGUAAAGACAUCAUCUGGAUCGACUAUCUCAAUCCCACAGCCUGCUUGCAGGGUCGACCACCCCCUACAGAUGGUCCUAUUUUGGUACAGCGCACGCUCAGCGAGGACGACAUUGCAUACAUCAUAUACACUAGUGGCUCGACUGGGAAGCCUAAGGGUGUUGUGAUACAGCACCGUGUCGCCAUAUCCUUUUUUCGAGACAUGGACGCUGGCCCAGCCCCUCUACCCACUGGCCCGCAGCUGCGCUGGAUCGUCAUGUCGGCGCCCACCUUUGACAUUGUCCUGAUGGACAACUUCAUGGCGCCACUAAAGGGUGGCACCAUCUGCAUAGCUGAGCGCCAACUGCUGCGCACUAAUCCCGAGGCUAUCGUCCGCGAGCUGCGCGCCUCGGCCACCUUCACCGUGAACAGUCUAGCCAUGCUAUUGCGGUCCGAGCGAGUGCCUACACUUACGUGGAUCGCCGUGGGAGGUGAGCUGGUCGGUCAGCGCGUCAUCGACAACUUUGCCCCCAAGGCAGGCGAGGACAAGCCCAGCCGCCUCAUGAUUUGUGGCUACGGGCCGACUGAGGCCACCGUCCUCGUGUCUAACCACGUCUGCGACAGUGCUUCGCGCCCUUCGGUCAUCGGACAGCCACUUCCCGGCAUGCAGCUUAUCGUGCUGGACAUGGAGUCGUCGGAACGGCGGGUGGUGCCGCUUGGCGUGGCUGGCGAGCUGGCUGUCGGCGGAUCUCAGCUUUCGGCCGGGUACAUGAACAAGCCCAUGAGGCCAGAUGCCGCGCCGAAGCGGAAAAAUACCUGCCAGCCUGGAUGCGGCCGCUCCAGUACUUAG